AUGAAUUCUACAGACAUUUUGGAUAUUGCCAUUUCUGAUAUGGUGGACUGGAGUCUCAAGGUUGAAAAUAGUGUAAGAAAAAUAUACGAGUCAGUUGAAUCAAUUCCAACUGAAAAUGAUAAACGUAUUAAACUUGUAAUGGACAAAUUAUUGAGUGGAAAAGAUAGUCUUGGUGACAAGAUACCAGCAAUUCCACGUCCAGGAAAAAAUCCAAAUGUUGGAAUUCGUCACAGAAAUCGUGGUGAUGAAAUAUACAGGAGUAACGAUAAACGCAUGGCAAUGAUACAUUACACUCAAGCCAUUGCAUAUGCAGUAGAAAAUACUACAUUAUUAGCUCUUUCACUCAACAACAGAAGCAAAUGUCUUUAUGAACUUGGUAUGUUUCAUUCAUGCAUUCAAGACAUUCAACUUAUUCCACUCCCUAAUUUAUCAAAAGAUCUAAAAGGUGAUUUAUUUUAUCGUAGAGCAAUGUGUCAUCGCGCAAUUGCUUGUAAAUUAUUAAUACCAGUACUUAAAAAUCCACAAAAUAUUUCAGAGGUUGAACUAAAAAAAUACCAUCAAAAUAUUGAAGAUUAUAAUAAACUUAAUAUUGUACCAUAUAACAAACCAAAUGAAGUUAAUUAUAAACUUCCUGAGCCGCCUUUAUUGGCAAAAAAACAUUCAUUGAUACCUGGUUUAUCAAAUGCACUUGAAUUAAAUUACACAGAAAAAGAUGGUCGUUAUAUAACAGCAUCAAGAAACAUUUUACCUGGUGAAUUAGUUGGUGUUUGUAAGCCAUACGUGAGUGUUGUUAAUUUUCGAGACAGAUUUAAUUUUUGUUGGCAUUGCACAAAGCAAGUAUGGAAUGGUAUAUCAUGUGAAUGGUGUACAUGUACAAUUUAUUGUUCUGAUAAUUGUCGUGAAGCAGCAUUUAAAACAACACAUGAUAUUGAGUGUCAUGUUUUACCACGUUUAUGUGCUUAUGGAGUUGAUCAAGAUAUAUUAAUGACCUUGAGAGUAACCAUCCAAGCAUACAAACAAUGCGAAUCUAACAUUUACAAAUUAAUGGAUAAUUAUCAUAUCAAUGAUAAAACACCAACAAAAGAUGAAAUGUGCAAAAAAAAAUAUGAGCCUGAAAAGUACUCAAGUUUUCAUAAUUUAUGGAGUGAUUUUAAAACAAAUUCACAUGGUGUUAAUUCAAAAAUAUUUGUCAAGAGCUUGGCUAUUGCAUAUCAUUUGGGAAUUAGUAUUGGUCUUAUUAGAGAAGGUGCAUCCUUGAAUUAUUUGAAAAAUUAUGAUGAAUUUGUAUAUUUGUUUGGAUUUAUUGAGAGAGCUAUGAGAAUUGUUAAGUUUAAUCAAUUUCAUCAUGAAAUGAAUACUCAAACAAAGGGUUUGAAGGAAAAUAUUAUUACCAGUUCAACAAUAAAUCCAAGUUUAUCUUUAUUUAAUCAUCAUUGCUUAAAUAAUGUCAUACGUAUUCGAAAAGGUGAUUAUGAAUUUGUUUAUGCUAUAUCUCCAAUUGAAAAAGGUGCUCAAGUAUACAGUAAUUAUUAUAAAAAUGAUUAUUCUAAAGCCACUGAGAAGGAACGAAAAGAUUAUUUAUUAUCAAAUUUUGGUAUUGAUUGUAAUUGCAUGGCUUGUACUGAUGAUUGGGUUUUAAAAGAUGAUAUUAUAACAGAAGAUAAUUCAAAGUACUUGACAGAAAUCAAACAAAAUCUUGAAAAAGUUGGCAAACAAAUUACGGUACUUCGUAAGAUAGCAAGUAGAUUUUUUUGUCAAAAUAAUAAAUUGAAUGAUGUAUCAAAGUAUAUUGAAGCAAUAGUUGAAGUUGUUAAUUCUUGCUAUGAACAUCUAGAUCUCAAUUCAAGUGAUCUUGUUAACUCGAGAUUAUAUUUGAGUCAAAUUCUACAACUUUCUCAGGUACCUUUGGUAUAUCCAGAAUAA